AGCAUCUGACGUAGAGGGGCAUCUUGUUAAAAAAAAAAAAAAAAAACAUUGCUCCUAUACGCACACAUGCAACGGACACAAUACAUAGGGAAGGAUAUACGCGAGAAUAAGGCCAGCAGACGGACUUCAACGGGUUAUUUCCUGCCGAUUUCGACAUUGAAAGUGGGAUAGCGAUGGAGACGCAAUAGCAAAGCGCGCUGGUGCUGAUGCUGAUCGCAGGAUUAGGCUGACACAAAAGAGCGCUCGCCGUGUUUAAUUGCGGAUUAAAGCAGCAUCAGAGGGAGGAAGAGAGUGGGUUUGCACAACAAGGGGACGUUUCUUUAUCAGGGGGAGCGAACGGGGAGCCAGGCGCGCGGCGUGGACCGUUGAAAGCAUCGCUCGAAUGGUGGUGCCGUGGACCCCGCGACCAUGUCACUACAGUGCUGGGUGAUUGUUCUGGUGGGGGUGAUGUCGUACUUCAACCCGGAGAGAGCACUGGGAGCCCCGCAGAAGGAAGUCUCUCUGUCCCGGGACGACUCUCUCUCUCCUCCCCCUUAUGUGAUUAUUCUCAUCUCCUGCUCUGGAUUCGUGUCUUUUGUUCUGUUGCUUCUCACCUGCCUUUGCUGCAAAAGAGGAGUGGGGUUCAAUGAGUUUGAUAAUGCUGAAGGGGAAGAAUGUUCCGGGGCAUCCAGCCCUGUGCCGGAAGACAGUUUGUCCUCCUGUCCAUCAUUACAGGAGGUCUACACCCUCCCGCUGCGGGAUAAGACCUGCCCCACCCUACCUAACGGCACGGGCGGUUCUAAAUGUUUCCGAAGGCACACCCUCAACUACCUGCAGGAGAUUGGAAAUGGCUGGUUUGGAAAGGUUAUCCUGGCUGAGGUGCUUAGUGACUGCAGUUCCUAUCAAGCUGUGGUAAAGGAACUGAGGGUCAGUGCCAGUCCUUUGGAACAGCGGAAGUUCUUGGCAGAGUCAGAGCCAUACAGAAGCCUCCAGCAUCCAAAUAUCCUGCAGUGUUUGGGCCAGUGCAGUGAAACCAUUCCUUUCCUUCUGGUCAUGGAGUUUUGUCAACUGGGUGACCUGAAGAGAUAUUUAAGAGCUCAGAGAAAGUCCGAUGGAAUGACCCCUGACCUUUUCAACAGAGACCUUUUGACUUUGCAACGAAUGGCAUAUGAGAUCACCUCAGGUCUCCUGCAUCUCCAUGAGAAUGAUUACAUUCACAGUGAUUUGGCCUUGAGGAACUGCCUCCUUGCCUCAGAUCUUACUGUUCGGAUUGGAGACUAUGGCCUCUCACACAAUCAAUAUAAGGACGAUUACUAUCUAACCCCAGACAAACUGUGGAUCCCUCUUCGCUGGAUCGCCCCUGAACUUCUGGAGGAGUUUCGUGAGAAUUUGAUUGUAACUGAUCAGACCAAGAACAGCAAUGUGUGGUCUCUAGGUGUGGUGAUAUGGGAGCUGUUUGAAUUUGGUGCCCAGCCGCACAGACACCUGAGUGAUGAAGAAGUAAUCACCUUUGUCAUCAGGGAACGACAGAUUACUCUGGCUCAACCUCGCCUCAAACUCACUCAUGCAGACUAUUGGUAUGAGGUCAUGCAGUCAUGCUGGUUACCGCCAUCCCAGCGGCCAACGGUCAACGAAGUCUUCCUCCUUCUCUCCUCUCUCCUCGCUGAAGAACAAGGACGUCGGAAAAGUGCUCGAAUAGAUGAGGAUGAGGAAGAUUACGAGGAACACAAUGGACACAGGAGGAGAGGAGAGAGUGAGGAGUCAUUUGAAAGACGAUGGGAUGCACUUCGGCCCGCUGCUUUCCAAUCAGCUGCAAACAAACUACUGAGAGAUAGAGAGUAUGGAAGAGAGGACGGCUACCACAGGGGGAACGGAAACUCUUACCCUCUUUUGGACCCUGUGGACAAUAUGAUCACUCCUACUUCUGAACUUGAUGACAUCCUUACAGUUACUGAGACAAGCAAAGGUUUAAACUUUGAAUACUUUUGGGAAAAGGCCCACGGAAGAAGGGGUUAUAAACCCCUUCCUCCUCCUCAACCCAUACCAACGCCCAAUUCUGCCCACAGGCAGAUGUUGGACACACCCACUGUUGUCCCUGUGAUCAGUGCUCGCAGCCCAUCAUUGGCCAGUGAGUAUUACAUUCGUCUAGAAGAACAUACUCCCCAGGAUAAAUCUCCUAGUCUACAAGCAAAAGGGCGAUCAUUGAAAACGAAUUCAAAGUGUCCCGGGGAUUUGGAGCUGUUUGAGCUUCAGACAGGGACUAGAUCAUCUUACACCUCUCAGACAGUAAGAUCCAGCGAGGUACAGAUUUUGGUUACAAACACUGGCUUAGUUGAGUUUGGUAGGGAGAGCUGUAACAGGGUGACAGAUUAUGCUGUUAUAGACAUUAAUGAGACCCCUGGAGAAUUAAAAGACAAAGCAAAGCAGAGGUGUUCAUGGUCUGUUGGAUCUCAAGCACCUAUCCUUCCCCCCAAACCUCGUUCAAUGUCCACAUCCUCUGGUAGCCAUCUACACUCGCGUCCGCUGCCUGCUCCCCCAAUAGGAUACACAAGAUCAUAUGGUUUAGAUGUCUACUCUGGAACAUCAUACCCAAUAGGCAAAGUUGAGACCUCUGAUUCUUUAUUAAUGAGCAGUUGUUCAUUGUCAAAAGCCAACUUUGAUCAUUUGGGUUUUAAUCGGACUCACCAAACACUGCCUCCAUCUCCGUCUCUAUCUCCUUCCAUUCCAAAUUCCUCUGGAGGUCACCCACUGUUCCCUCCACCACAAACCUGCCCUCCACCCCUCCCUCCUCACUACAGACCUCUGAAUUACUCCUCAGAGACAUACUCCAGAUAUAAUGCAAUGCACUUACAAAGAGACCCGCUAAGCUGUGACAACACUAAUGUGAGAAAUGCUGACAGGGGCAUUACACGAUCUCAGUCUCUGUACAAUUCAAGAGAUGGCCCAGAUAGUUACACUAAAGAUGAUGAUUUUUCCAAAAUGACCCGUUCACAAUCCACAAUUCCAAAAAUUGGGAGAACAUCAUCCUCGAGCCCAGAGUAUUUACAAGAUGAUGAGGAUGAUGAUGAUUCACCUUUCAUGUCACCAGACAGACCCACCAUUGGCACAACUAUUCAGCAAACCAGCUUGGCCGAAGAGCGAGACCCUGCUAUAGCUGAGCUUUUCUCAAGGGGUAUGAAGCGUACACAGUCCCGCCUUGCCACCAUACUUCCUGCCAUAUGGAGGGAAGAUGCAGUAAUGCAAAGGGAGCGAGUGGCAGCUGCUAGGAAAUCCCCCAUACAUCUGUUUCUGACAGAGAUCUCCAAUGACUCAGUGGUUCUGAAAGUAGGAGAAACCUCAUGGGCAAAGGAAGGUACUGGAAGAAAAGACAGUGGAUUCAAAGGAAUGCGCAGAUCUCAGUCCCUUGUUACAGAACUUGACUCAUCCUCACAGGCUUGGGGCCCAGACAAAGAUUUUCUGACUGGAUAUGAAGGAAGACCCAAAAAGAGAGAUUUGUUUCUCACAGAGAUUGAGACAUCUGUGUCAGAUUGUGAGGAUGUAUAUGAUGGCGAUGGCGGGACCCCGGUUUCCCGAUAUGGAACCACACCUCAUCCUUUUGCACAUGCAGGCGAUCUACCAAAAUAUGCCGAAACUGAGGAGGCUUUUUCAAAUGGGAUGAAGAAGUCCCAUUCUAAGAUUUCUAUUGAGAGUGUCGAAAUUGAGCCUAAGAAAGGGGAAAUGACCAGAGAGGAAUUCUUGAAGGAGAUCCAGUCUGCCGAAACAUUUCUAACUGAAAUUAUUACCAGACAACAAAAAAUGGAUGAGAGUGUCUCACCUAUUCCAUUAUCUCCUGAGUACGAGUCAAUAUGCAUUGACCCAGAGUCAUCACAGACAAUACAGUUUGAAAAAGAAAGAGUUCAAACUGGGAAAUCACAGAGUGAGACAAAAGAAGCAAUUUAUGCUCAAGUCACUAAACGGGCUAAAAGAAGUGAAAUAAAGGUUGCCGUCCGUCCAGACAUUCCAGUACUUCACAUAGCAUCUGAGCUACAAAAUCUUGAACCAGGACAGUCUGUACAUCUAGUCAGUAACUUUUCACCUGGGUCAAUCUCAAAGAAUCCUGUUAAUGACUUUACCCCCACAGAGAAAGUAGGCAAGGAGUUGGACCUUCUUUUUGACCACAUAUCUCCUUUUAUGAAAGAGGAAGAAAAUACUGACACAAAACAUAAUUCUGAAGAUGGGUUGUUGUCCGGCAUGCCACUUUGUGAUCUACAAUCUAGGAAGAUUGAAGAGAUAAACAGCCUAUUCCAUAAUCAAUGCUUGUCACGUGACUGUAUAAGUGAAGGUCCAAUAGAAACCAGGAGUUUGUGCAAUCAUAAUGGUUCCCAACAAGUGAAAGAUUACACACAUCAAAUCACUGUUGAUGGCCAAAUCCAAAUAGCAGCCGAAACAGAUUUGAAUAACACACUUGUUCAGGGAAAAGAGCAAUCACAGAAAAAAGAUGACAGUGUUUUAUCAGACCUAGAGGUGAUGACAUCAAAUACAACAUUUAAAGAAGUAGAUUCAAACAUUAAGGGACCGUCUGCAUUUUCAAAUCAGAGCCCAAAAAAAUGUACCUCUCUAAAUCUUACAGAAAACAGAAAUUCAGUAUGUGAUACAACCUCUACAACAGAGAUGGAAUAUAUUUCAGACAUACCCCUUUCGGCAAUUCAAAACAGCAUAAAUCAGGAUUUCUUCACUGUAAACAAACAGAUAACACAAAUGGAAACAGCCUCUAAAGCAGCCCUUGAGCAAACCACUCCAAAUGACAGGGAACCCUGUUCAAGGACAAUGUUUCAUGAAAAAGACCGAGACAUUAUAAGUGAGAAAAUACUUCAGAGUGAUUCUUUACUAUCUUUAAAUGAAACAGGCACAGAUUUAUUCCAUUCACCAAUGGUACAUGAACCAAACUCAGAUCAGUCACUGUCCACUAUGACCCCCUCAGAUUCUGUCUUGUCACCUUUGACUUCUGGUUCUCUAGACUGCCUCACACCUGGAGACUCCUGUUCAGGUGGAGCAAGCAAUGGAUGGAGAGUCCUAGGAACUGAAACACCUCAUCGGGACUCUGCUUACUUCUCUGACAGUGACCUGGAAAGUGGUGAAGGUUCAGGCAGAAGAGGCACUGAUGGAUUUGGUCCUUCCCGUCCGGGUGGUGUUCUUUUGGGAGAACGAGGAAUACUGAUGGGAAUUGAGGAGAAGAUGGAGAUUGAUGAUGAAGGACCAUUGGAGAAUUAUCAUUUUGAUAAAGAGGUGAAAGUAAACAUCCAGGAAUUGUGGGGUUCCAAUGAAGCAGUAAUUCUAAGAGUAGAUAUUGGUACCCAUGAUGUAAGAGUUCUGGAGAGUGUGAUGGCAGAGAAGGGUCUUGUACACAAUGCUGAUAAAACCGUUUUCUCAGGAGACUCUCUGAGUGAAGGCAAUGCUGAGUUUAUCGCUAGAUUGUUUUCCAAAGGAGAGGAUGAGACAGUAAAAACAUUUCCAUUUGCCGACAGCUCCCAUAAUUCUCUUGUUAAAAAUGAGGUCAUGUCUCACACAUUCUCAGAAGAGAGAAUGAUUCAAGAUACAGGUGAUGCAGAUGCUGGACUGCUUUCUCCUACAGUCUCAGAGACUCAAAGGGACACUUCAAGCUAUCAGAAGGAACUUAUUGAACCACCUCAAUUCCCUAUUUCUGAAAGUGACAAUGAAGAGCCAUCAGACAAAUGUAAAUCCAGAUUAUCACGGUUUUAUAGUUUACAACCUGAUUGUUCUAAUUGCAGCAACAAUACUGAGAUAAACACAAAACAUGACACCGACUUCAGCACAACUCAUUUCGUCUGGUCUGAGACAAAUCCUAAACCCACAGGAGAAAAUAAAAAUAAACCUGAUAUCCAAGACACAGAUGCAAAUGAACUAGGUUUAAGAAACCUCUCUUAUUUAGAGGAGAGUGAAGAUGAGCAGACAAAAGAAAGGUCUGAAAGUCAGUUAGCUGUAGGGGAAUUGUGCUUCAAUAACAAGGAGACCUCACAAAAUGUUGCAGAGGAGCAAGUCAGCGGUAUGGAGCCCUCAAAAGAUAACAGUUCUGAUGAGUUUGGCAAAGUUGCUUCGAUUGGACUUGAACUGAAGGAGAAGGAGUUAUGGAGUGCACUCGAGGAAGAUUGUGGUGCAGUGGAGACUGUGAAAGGAGAAAUCAAUUGCCACAGAUUUCAGCAGGGAGAGCUACACCUUUGGCCUGUGGAAAAUGACCAGUGGGCUGCAGCUGAAACUCGGAAACCAGAAGUGGGACUCGGAUCAGAGCUUUACCCAAGUUUUGGAAAAAAGGCAUGGGAGGAAGAAAACAUAGAGGUGAGCCAUGAAUUCUGGGAAUCUGAAGCAAAUGAUGAACUAGCUGAUAGCGAGUCUCAUCCGUCUACUGAGGGAAUUUUUGAGGAGACCUUUAAUGACGAAAGUAUAGGAAAGGCCGAUUAUCCACCAUCUGAAAAACAAACAGGAGUCAUUUCUAGUGGGGUAAAGGAAACCCUUACAUCUGAGCAGAUACCCGAAGAAGGUCUUGACUUUCCACAAGAGGAGAACAUGGAAAAUCUGGACAUGGGAAAUGGUGCACCACAGCAUUGUAGUAGACAUAUGGAGAUUGAAGUUGAAAAUUUGGAGAACCCAGAGUUAGAGGCACUUGUAGAGCACAGACCCAUUGAGAUGGUCAAUCAUCAAACUCAAAAUUCUGAGAUAUGCUCACAAAAUGAUGUUAGAGAUGAAUUAUUUGGGGAUGAGUGUAAAGAAUUUAACAGGCAAGAAGAUAGACACUCUGUGACAUCAUCCAAUAACUCUCCCUCAUCGUCAGUUACAAAGCAUGCCCAAACUAAUGAGCUUGAUCAUCUACAACACCAUAAAGAAUGUUUUUCUAGUCCCUGCAACAAUGUACCAAGGGACCAAAUUGAAGACACAUGGGCACCCAAGACUGAAGCAUGCAGAGAUUUAGUCACAGACCUUGAGGAACAUCAAUCCUGCACAGUAGAUGUGCCAAACUCAACUGAUUGUUCUCACUUCAAAUUAGUACAUCCAGAGGAUCUCAAUACUGAAAGUUGUCAACAUGACGUUGAAAGCAAUUACUGUCCUCUCAUAAACAGGAAUGCACAAGAUUAUGUAGUUUUUGAAAAAGAAAGACCUAAUUCUCCAUCUUUCCCAAGUCUCACCACUAGCACUGAUCCAGAUUCAUGCCAGCUUCACAGUAGCAAUGUCCAAUGUUCAGCCCCUGAACUGAUUUCAAUGGAGCUAACAGAAUUUGCUGUUUCCCCACAUGCAGAAGUAGAGAAGUGCCAAAGCCCUAGUUGUUUCCCAAAUACAGUACACCACAUAGAAAUCAAGACUGGUUCAAAUAUGUUCUGUGCCACGGAUAAAAUGUCUACUAAGGGGCACAAGGAGCAGUCAGAGAGUUGUGAUGACACUAAUGGUUUAGAUCAAUGUCUUCAAGAGAUUAAAAGCGGUACCACCACUCACAACAAAGGGAUCACUGCAAACUUGGGCAAAAAAACACAUACAUCUCUCAUGGAAGAAAAUCACAUUCACCUGGAAUCAGACAGCGUACAGGUGAACGACAGAAAAAGCCUGUCCCAGAAAGUGUCCCAUCCACCUCUUUCGGAAUGUUCUCUGAACUCCAUCCCUGAGUUGUUGAUCUCCGACUGGAAGGAUUUGGACGAGGAGCCUCUGGAGGACUUUGAAAAACUGGAGCAGCUGUGCUGCAUUUCUGGGGAUGAAGAAUCCCUUGGAGAUCUGUUUUUGGGGAACUUGGAUCUGCUGGAAUCUUUGAAGAGAACACCAGAGCAAAGAACUAGUGACGCUUGUGGCACAAAAUAUCAUGAUGACUCAGCCUCAGUUUCAGAGGGGCAGACAAAAGCAGAGCUAAAAGAGGAAGUCGAUGGGAUAUCGAGAAGUUCCACAACUGUCUUAGAAAACUCAGAGCAACAUGAAAACAUUUCUCCAAAUGUCAAAGGAGAAGCUCAUGUGUGUCUGGAUAUGAGAACAGGGCAGCAUGUGGCAUCAGUUCUCUCGCCGUGCCAUUCUGGAGAUGGUUCCAAAGGGCAGAGGUCACUUUCAAAAAUGCAGACAAUAAAUGGACUGAGGAUGCAGGUUUGUGAGGAGAGGCUUCAGUAUUCUCUCAGUGAAAAUGUUAAAACCAAUGUUCUAUGGGGGUCUACAGUAAGUGACAGCAUCAUUCUACACCCUUGGGGAGCUUCUGCCUCUUCUUCCACCGAAGAAAGUGUUGCAAGCAAAGAUUCUGAAGAUGAAGAGAGCAUUUAUUCCAGUAAAAAGGAAAGCCCACCCUCCUCUACAUCUGCGUCUGUGAGUGAACCCGCUGAAACACAGACAGAAGAACUGACUGUGCUUGAACAGCCUGAAGUUGCAGCCGGUCCAGCUGCAAACCAAGCAAUGAAAGCUAAACUGGCCCGCCUCUCUCUAACCCUCCCACCACUCGCCCUCUCUCUUCCUCUCUCACCUAACCCCAAAGGAGGAUUCUGGGAGGGAGGCGAGCAAAGAGUGGGGAGGAGGAGGGUUGCAUCAACAGGCAGUGAUCCAGAUGAAGACGAGAAGAAGAACAGGAGGAGGAGUCUCCCAGGCGCGUCAUCGUUGUCACGGAAACCGACGUAGACAAGAGAGUAGGUUUGCGUAGCUUGCUGAAAUCGCCAAAAGAGCCAGUGGACAAAGAAAACCGUGACCGUGGGAGGAAUGUGUCAUUUUUUGAUGAUGUCACAGUGUAUCUUUUCGAUCAGGAAACUCCAACCAAUGAACUGAGUUCUGGAUCUGCAGCUUCAUCCCCAAAUGGAAGAUCCCCCAACACUGAUAGUUUUGGAGCAAGCAGCCACAAGGGAGCAAAAAGUAAGGACCGUGUGGUAAAGUCAAGAUCUCCAACUGGAGUAAGUUCUGGGUCGUCAUCAAGGUUUACAGUGAGCCCUGCCGAAGACCCUCAUUUAGUGUGACGUUCUUAUGCUCCCCAAACACCCGGACAAAAAUUACCCCCCUGGAGUGAAUGAGUGGCCCCGUUGUCAUCGGUAACUAUGACGACUCCUGGAGGUUAUUUUUUUUACUACGAGAAAAAGAAAGGACUCCCGUUUCAAAAGGCUGCAUGCAGUCCAGGUUUCACUAACUGCAGGAGGGGUGAAUCCAUGCCACAGUAGAAAAUACCUUCAAAGCAGCCAAAAACAUUGGAGUUGCGUAAAAUCUGACAUGUACUUUUCGGCUAUGCAAUGGGAGUCUUAUUAUGUACCAGCUUAACUGUUCUAUUUUCAUGGCUUCUUGAAGUACAUUUGUAUUUGAUUCCCCUUAAAUAGAGGGGCGCACUUUCUCUGACCAGUACCUGUCUAUUUGUGCUUAGAAAUAUUGACAUUGUAAAUUUGUUCUCAUUGCAGUCAGACUUUCUUGUAGUUUGUGGUUGAGGGGGAAGUCUCCUGAAAUCACAGCAGAGCAGUUCUCGAUUAGCAGUUGUACAAACUAAAAAUCCAAAUCAUGACAGAAUACAAACUCAUUUUAAAACCAUUUGUUUUAAAUGUAUUAGAGUGCACGAAAAAUAAAACUGCAACUGUUAUGUUUUAUACAGUAUUUUUAUUGCAACAUGUUAUUUAUUUCUGUAUCUGAUUUCUGUAUGUAAUUAUUUAUUUAAAAUGUUUUAUUUUGUUUGUUUGUUGGCCGAAUUUACUUCAUAAGUUCAGGUAAAUUGCACUUUUACUUUGCAUCAAAUUGUUUUGGGUUUAUGGCAUUCGCCACGUAAUCCUAUUAACAACCGCCUCAACAAACAUAUAUUCCUGCAUAGGUACAAACACUUUAAAAACUUUCUCUUAUUUAGAUAUUUCUAGAUGUCAAUCUGUAUCUAAUUGUCCUAUGAUGUGUCUUUCCGCAGGUGUUUUUUUUCUAUGUAUUUGACAGUAGCUUUUUCUUUACUCAUUUUUAAAGCAGUCAUUGUUGCUUGGCAUGAAAAAAGAGAAAUGAGCAGACAUGACUAUUAGUUGACUUAUUUAUUGAUUCAUUAACAUUUUUUGAUCUCAUUCAUGCAAAUGUCUGAGGUAAACUCCAUAAAUUUGUUACAUCACUUUCGGCAUAUGUUUCUUUUUCUGUAAGAAGCAGGAGUAAAAAUAACAUGGAAACUGUGAAACAUUUAUUGAACUGUUUGAUGAUAAUAAAUUGUUCUGUC